UUUGCAGCGAUUAUUUUUCCAACUAAAAUAAAAGUUUCUGCAAAAUAUAAUACGUCAAAAAUACAUUCUACAGAUUUCGCAGAUUAUGAUGAGGGGACCAGCAAGCCCAUUAAAGACCAAGCCUUAAUGCAUGAACCGUGCGGAGACUUCCGGCCUGGCGAAGACGACUUGCAAAUAAUCGAUUUUAUUAGGAAAUUCGGUUUGGACUCGGUCGAAGAAUCGUACAGAAGAAGCGUAACCAAAGUAACUGGAUCCAACCGUUGGCAGACGGCUUACAGGGUGGAAAAAACGAUGUAUUUAACAAUGCCCACGAGGGAUGUAUUUCCUUUAGGCGUUCCUCAGCAAUUCUCUUUCAUCGCUACUUUUAGUUCAAGAAUGAUGGACAGGACACAAUGGUACCUACUUACGAUCACUGAUGAUCAGAAUAUUAUUAAUUUGCAAAUCACACUAAACCAAGUUAAAAAAAUCAUUGAGUUCUCUAUAGUUAAUUAUGAAGGUUAUUUGCAAACUGUUACGUUUGAAGCAAUUAAUAUAUUUGAUAGAAAUUGGCAUAAAAUCCAUUUUGGAGUAUUUUAUGAUAGAGUAUUACUUUACGUGGAUUGUAAACAAAACGGUGUAAGAUUAUUAGAUCCCAAAGGUACGGUGAAUAUAUUUGGUAAUACAUCAUUACUAACAAACACUGAUUAUCAAACAGCGGCAGUGGAUGUACAAUGGGUAACACUUAGUUGUGAUCCAACAAGACCACAACGAGAAGGCUGUGCCGAACUCAAUAAUUUAAUUGGAGAAGAAACCUAUAGUAGUAAAUGUCCUCUAGAAAAUAAAUGUUCAAAAGCACACCAAGUAAAUGUAAAUCAAAGUCUACAAGGUUCAACAGGACAACGGGGACCACCAGGACCAAUAGGACCACCAGGACCACCAGGACUACAAGGACCACCAGGGCCUCGAGGACUUUUAGGAAUUGAGGGACCUCCAGGAUUACAAGGACCUCCAGGUUUACCAGGAGCUGAAGGCCUUCGAGGACUUCAAGGUUUACCUGGUACUCCAGGUUUACCAUCGUUACCUGCUUUACGAGGGGAAAAAGGAGAACCGGGAGAACCAGGAGUUCCAGGUUUGAGAGGCGAGCCUGGACUUCCCGGAUCUUCAAUUUAUAUUCCAGCUAAACAAGACACGCAAUAUUUAAGACCGGGGACACUUGGAAUACAAGGCGAAAAAGGAGAACGUGGAGAACCUGGGCCACCGGGUUAUUCUGGGAAUAGUUUCAGUGAAAAUGAGAUAAAAGAAAUCUGUAUAUCGAUUUUGAAAGAACAAUUAAUGGAACUUACCAGCUCGCUCGUUGGUCCACCCGGACCACCGGGUCGGUCAAUUAUCGGUAAGCCCGGAUCCCCAGGUAUCCAAGGACCACCGGGCGAGCCCGGGCCACCGGGGUUAGGAAUGCCGGGUGAAAGAGGUUUCCCAGGAGCUCCCGGUACACAAGGAUCAACAGGUCCAGAAGGAGCAAUUGGACCUAAAGGAGAUAAAGGAGAACGUGGGCCAGAAGCUGUAGCAUAUGAAGGUCCACCAGGACCCCCUGGUCAACCUGGUCCUAAUGGAGCACACGGUAGACCUGGAGAUAGAGGAGAACCAGGAAGACCCGGUCCAGUUGGUCCACAAGGUUAUCCAGGACCUCAGGGUGCACCAGGUUAUUGUGAAAUGUGUAAUAAUGUUUAUUACGCAGGUAGACCACCAGCAGCUGGAAAUUUCAAAGGACCUUAAGUUACAAAUAUAUAUAUAUAUAUG